UAAAGUUCUCCAGCUAUUGAAUCCUAUGACAACUUCCGGUAAGAUGGCGUCCCCCAGUGAAGGGGGCGACUGGUGGCCGGCAGACUGGUAGCUUCGGCGGGCUUGGGUAAGUGAGCGGAAGGCCGCAGGCUCUCCGCCUGGCUGACGUUCUCUCCGGCAGGAUGUCGUCGGCGUCGCCCCGGAGUACUGAGGACCUCCGGAAGCGGACCCUCGGAGAGCUUCGGGAGAUGCUGGCGCGUCAGGAGAAGCUGCUGCGGAACGAGAAAUUUAUUCGCAGUUUACCAGAUGGAGGGAAAAAGAUCUCUGACUUUGUUGAGAGAGUAAAAUUAGCCAUUGCAGAACAUGAAGAGCUCAAGAGAACUAACAGAUUGGACUUUGAUUCAAAGCAAACUUCAGCACAUGGAAUAAAUAAUUUAGGUGUGGAUAAGCCAUGGACUCCUGACCAGAGAAGGGAAACAUCAUCAGUUCUUGAUUCUUCCCCUGCAGUUAGAAACAGGUCAUCUAAAAUAGCCUCAAGAAAUCAGGGAAUUGAAUCUACCAUGGAAAGAUCUGUUCCCCUAAGUCAUGAUGAAGCUGGAGAGUCAGAAGGUGACACACAGUGCGACAAAUGGAUGUGGAAUAACAGUAAAGGUGUUGUAACUUUGCCAUCAGAAACAAAUGAACAGUCUCACCAACUUGGUUUUCUAAAUCAUUCAAGAGACAUUUCAGGAAGCACUGAUGACAUGUUUAUUGAUUGUUUACAAAGGAUCACAAUUAAUGAUGAUGAAAACCAGUCAGAAGACACAAACAUGGAUCACUUUUGUACCUUUCACAGUAACAUACCCAAAAAACCUCAUUACGUGGAAGUGCUGGAAAUGAGAGCAAAGAAUCCAGUCCCUCCCCAUAAUAAAUUUAGAACUAACAUGUUACCUUCAGAACGCCAUGACUCACCUAGUCAUUCCCCACAGAGAAAAGAGUCUCCAGUUUCAGUGGAAGAAAGGAGAUGUAGGGAUAAGAAGCACUUGGAUGAUAUCACAGCAGCUCGGCUGCCACCACUUCACCACAUGCCUGCACAGUUGCUGCCUAUGGAAGAAUCUUUAGCAAUUCAGAAGCAGCAAAAACAGAAUUAUGAGGAAAUUCAAGCCAAGCUUGCUGCACAAAAACUGGCUGAAAGACUGAAUAUUAAAAUGCAGAGCUAUAAUCCUGAAGGUGAUACAUCAAUGAAGUACAGAGAAGUGAGGGAUGAAGACGAUUAUCAUUCUUCUGAAGAUUAAUCCUGAAGAAAGAUGAUUGAGUAGCCUCUUAAAUUCUUCACUUCUGAAAUUCUACUUCAUUACAUUAGACUCUUAGGCUCUGGAAGAUGUUUUAUUUUUGCAUUAUUUAGACCAGCAGUCAGAAGUAGAACUUUACAGUGUGCAUAAGAGUGCUGCUUAGUCAUACUGUGAACCAUUUCAUGGGGUGCUCGCUAUUCAGAAAACUUAAAAGAUUUCUAUUAAGGAUAUGAUAAAUCUGUUAUGUUUAUAUAAAUAAACUUUUGCAGCAUAUUAUCUUUGA